AUGAAGGUGAAGGCAGCAAAAUCAAGAAGCCUAUCGAUAAGAAAAGGGGAGCGCCAAGACAACACCACCUUCGUUGCUGGAGGAGAGCCAAUCCCAAAGCUUGCCGAGAAACCGCUCAAGAGCCUGGGGAGACAAUACAUGGCAGACUUGUCGGACAGACAGAUGGGGAAGCAGGCCAAACAACAGCUCGCUCAGGGGCUGGCUAAGAUAGACAAAAGCCAGCUUCCGGGGAAGCACAAGGUAUGGUGCUAUCAGCACACACUAUACCAACGUGUGAUGUGGCCAUUGAAGAUCUGCGAGAUCCCCAUGUCAGAGGUCAGCAGGAUGGACAACCUAGCUAACAGCUACAUCAGGAAAUGGAUGGGCCUCCCCCGCUGCUUCUCCGACGUAGGCCUGUGUGGGUGGAACAUGCUGGAGCUCCCGCUGAAAUCCAUCACUCUUGGGUACAAGCAGGAGAAGGCACACCUUGUACUUGAGAUGAGGGACUCUGCAGACCGCCUAGUGAGAAGUGCAGAAGUCCCAAUCCGUACGGGUCGCAAAUGGAAAGCACCUGAGGAAGUGGAGAAUGCCAUCGCCAGGCUGCAACACAAAGAGGUGAUGGGGGCAACCCAAACAAGUCAUGCUGGGCUAGGUUGGGCUGCACCAAGACAGUUCUGGUCCAAAGCCACCAGGAGGGAGCGGAAGACCAUGGUGGUGGACAAAGUCACUAGAGUGGAGCAGGAGCGCUUCCAUAUAAAAGCUAUAUCCCAAGGUAGCCAAGGAGCCUGGACGCAAUGGGCAGCUACUGUGCAAGGGCACAUCAGUUGGGCAGACAUCUGGAGGACACCGCAGAGUAUGGCAAGCUUCCUAAUCAGAGCAGCCUACGUGAGACACUCCCACUCCCGAACCACCCAGUGGUUCGGGAGUGGGGUUGGCUGCCCACUGUGCGACACCACCAAGGUGGAACUGACCCAGGGGCGCUUUAGGUGGCGCCAUGACUAGGUGCUAACCAAGUUGGCAGAGCUCCUGGAAAGAUGCAGGGUAGCAGCUAACCAUAACCAGGAACCAACAAGGCCUGCGCUAGCCACUUUUGUAAGACCUGGUGAGAGGAGUGGAACAGCCACACAGGAACCUACCAUCCUGAAACCAGGCAAGGAGUGGCAGAUGCUGGCUGACCUCAGAAGGCAGCUAGUCUUCCCGAGAGAGAUCGUGACAACUACGCUCAGGCCGGACAUCGUCAUGUGGUCGCCUGUGGAGAGGUCAGUCCUGAUGAUUGAGCUCACCGUCCCCCAGGAAGAGGGCAUGACAGCAGCCCACGAGAGGAAAUACCUCAAGUACUCUGAGCUGGCAGUAGAGUGCCAAGAGGCUGGCUGGAAACCCAGGAUAUGUCCGGUGGAGGUCGGGUGCAGGGGGUUCAUUGGCAAGGCGGCAGUGCAGUUGCUCCGCAGUGCCGGGAUAAAGAGAAGGCGAGCUACUGGCUGUGGCUCCGGAGGAAGGACAGCAGAUGGGGGCAAGCACCUGUCUGAGGGCAGCUGCAGGGGGUGGCAGGGUGACGUCCCUAUUAGCCAUUGCCCCCCCGCCCGGAGAUGUACUGGUGUAGGGGGCGAAACAUCAGUGAAUGGCGGUCUCCAGCUGACGACCCUGCAGCUGUUCACACUGGCACCGGAGGAGAUGCGACAGGCCGGAAGGCCGAAGCAGGAUCUAACACCCGACCUGUACAAUGAUCAGCAGAUGGUGGAGGAAGAGAAAAGAUGGAAGCAAAUAAUAGAGGGAGGGAAAAGAGAAUUAAAGGAUGAUGAUGAUGAUGAUGAUGGGAAAGCAGCAAGUGAUGGAGGGAAAACAGGGAGUAAAAGGAAGAAAACAAAUGAUGGAGCCUGUAAGGAUAGAGAGAAAAGACAGGAUCAGAUUAUGAAGAGACACUAA